UCCUUCAACCCACGAAAACCAUAGGUCAACCCUUCCGCCCCCCCCCACCCCUCUCCCCCCUUACACUCAAUGACAAAGCUAUCAUCUGUGAUCCAAACUGCAAGUAACCAGGGAUUCAGAAUAGGUCAACCUGCACUACUCCCAGCCAAAGCAUGACGAGCCAGAAGCCAUUGGUGAUGGAUAACACCAUGUCGAGUGCGAGGAACCUCGCGCAGCUCCACCCAACCGGCACCGUCCUCGCAUUCCAUGCUCUCUCCCCUUCCUUCUCCAACUAUGGCGUUUGCCACAUCUCUAACAAGUGCAUCACCUUGUCGUUAGUUCUCCUUUGCACCAUCUCUUGUGUGUUCUUCUCCUUCACUGAUAGUUUCAAAGGGACCAACGGAAAGUUAUACUAUGGCAUGGCCACGCCCAAAAGCUUCAUUGUUGUCAAUUACCUUCCUCCUGAUGGGGAUCGAAGCAAUGUGUUGGAGGACUUGACGAGGUUUCAGAUGCGGUGGUUGGACUGCGUGCAUGCGUUCUUCUCGGUACUAGUGUUCUUGACUCUAACCUUUAGCGAUGCCAAUAUACAGCACUGCUUCUUUCCAAAUUCUGGGCCAAACACAAAGCAAAUCCUCCAGCAUUUGCCGCUGGGAGCCGGGCUCUUGUCAAGCAUGGUGUUCUUGAUCUUUCCAACCACUCGGAAGGGGAUUGGACAUUCAUGAUGCCUCAUUCACAAUAAACUGUUAAUUUUGAGGAAAUCGAGCAUCUUCACGCUCCUACACGAAGCUCUGCAGACGUUCAUCGAUCCAUUGGGGUAACUCAUGUGAAGGGAAAUCUUUGGACAGCCACAUAGCUCAUGAGCGACGAGGAAGCCUGUGAAGUCUGAAGGAAUUAAGUUCUAGUGUAAACUCUUCCCCUCAUUUG